AUGACUUCCUCCUUUUUAAUGGUUGUGUUUGUUUAUUCGCUUUUGAAAUCAACUUUUGGUGUGUGCAGAGAGAUCGUGUGCAUUGGAAGUGAGAGAGAGACACUGUUAAAGUUGAAGCAUAAUCUCACAGAUCCUUCAAAUAGACUCUCUUCUUGGAAUGCCUCUGUCAACCCCAAUUGCUGCCAUUGGAAUGGAGUUGUCUGCAACAACUUUACAUCUCAUGUUGCAGAGCUUCACCUCACCACUCCAUUUCCUGAUUUCGAUUACCAUUACGAAAAUUACGAAGAUUAUGAAGAAGCAUUGGAAGAGCACAAUAGACGGGCCUUCAGUGGAGAGAUAAAUCCUUGUUUGGUUGAUUUGAAGCAUUUGAAUUACUUGGAUUUCAGCGGCAAUCUUUUUCAAUAUAUUCCAAUUCCUUCUUUCAUCGCAACAAUUACUUCCUUAACUUAUCUCAACCUUUCUCAUGCUGGAUUCAUGGAAAAUAUUCCUUCUCAGAUGGGAAAUCUCUCCAAUUUACUCUACCUUGAUCUCAGUUAUCUUUAUUUUGAAAGUUAUGAAAAUGUUGAUUGGUUAUCUAAUAUGUCCAAACUUCGUUAUCUUGACUUGAGCCGCACUUGGUCACUUGAAGAAGGUGUGUCAAUUCCUUCUUGUCUUGGCUCAAUGACCUCUUUAAUUCACUUGGACCUCUCUUUUUCUAGAUUCAUGGGCAACAUUCCUCCCCAGAUUGGUAAUCUUUCUAAUUUGGUGUAUCUAGACCUAUAUUAUGCUGUCAAUGGAACUAUUCCCUCUCAAAUUGGAAAUCUCUCCAACUUGCUCUACCUAAAUCUUCGAAGUGGUUAUUCUAUUGACAAAUCUUUGUUUAUUGGAAAUGUUGACUGGUUGUCAAGUCUUACAAAACUUGAAUAUCUUAAUUUAGGAGGUGCAAACCUAUCCCAAUCAUUUCACUUGCUUCACUCCCUCUCAGCUCUUUCUUCUUUGCUGCACCUAGAUUUGUCGAGAUGUACACUUCCCCACUACAACCAACAAUCAUUUCUUAACUUCUCGUCUCUCCUCACUUUGGAUCUUUGGGAGGUUUCUUAUUAUUCUGGAAUCUCAUUUGUUCCAAAGUGGGUAUUUGGACUGAAGAAACUUGUUUCUCUUGUUUCAACUUUUAAUCCCUUUGAAAGUCAAAUUCCUGACGGUAUUCGAAACCUCACACUUCUUGAAAAUCUUGAUUUGCAUAAAAAUUCAUUUUCAUCUUCUAUACCUCAUUGGUUUUAUAGUAGUUUUCCUCAUCUCAAAUUUUUGGACCUAUCAAGCAACAACUUACAAGGAAAUAUUUCGGAUGCCUUAGGAAAUAUGACUUCUCUAGUUACACUUGAUUUGUCAUACAAUCAACUUGAAGGUCCAAUUCCAACUUCUUUUUGUUAUCUUUGCAACUUAAAGGCAGUAUAUUUCUCAUAUCUCAAACUCAACCAACAUAUUAAUGAAACUUUAGAUAUUGUUACUCCUUGUAUCUCCCAUGGACUCAGAACACUUGUAGUUCAAAGCUCUCAACUUUCUGGCAAUCUUCCACUAUCACUUGGAAAACUUUCAUCAUUAAGAACUCUUUCUCUAUCCAACAAUCAACUUAGUGGAAAUCCGUUUGAAAGUCUUAGAUCACUCUCUAAAUUGUCAGAUCUUGAUAUUGGUUAUAAUCGUUUUAAAGGAGUUGUCACAGAGGAUCAUCUCACGAAUCUUACGAGUUUAAGUGGCCUUUAUGCACCAGGAAACAAUUUGACUUUAAAAGUGGGUACCAACUGGCAUCCUACUUUUCAACUGACUUAUUUGGAUAUGAGUUCUUGGCAAUUAAGUCCCAACUUUCCUUCAUGGAUUCAAUCACAAGACAAACUUGAUUAUUUAGCGAUGCCUAACACGGGAAUUUUGGAUUCUAUUCCCUAUUGGUUUUGGAAAACAUUAUCUCAAGCUUCUUUUCUAAAUCUCUCUCAUAAUCAUAUCCAUGGUGAGCUUCAGACUACUUUAAAGAAUCCAAUAUCUACAAUCGCUGUUGAUCUAAGUGCAAAUAAGUUAAGUGGCAAAUUUCCUUCACUUUCAAAUGGUGUGGGUUUUUUGGACCUUUCAAGCAAUUCAUUCUCCAAAUCCAUGGAUGAUUUUUUAUGCAAAGGUCAAGAGAAGCCAAUGAAAUUAGAAUUUCUCAAUCUUGCAUCGAAUAACUUAUCAGGGGAAAUACCGGAUUGUUGGGACAUCUGGCCUUAUCUAAUGGAUGUAAAUUUACAAAAUAAUAAUUUUGUUGGAAACAUUCCCCAAUCCAUGAGUUCCUUAAUAGAGCUAGAAUCAUUAAGCAUCCGUAAAAACUUGCUCUCGGGAACAUUUCCUACAAUUUUGAAAAAGACCAAUAAAUUGAUUUUGUUGGAUCUUGGAGAAAAUAAUUUUUCAGGAACAAUUCCAACUUGGGUUGGAGAAAGUUUUUUAGAUAUGAAGGUUCUUAUCCUUCGAUCAAAUAGAUUUUCAGAUCAUACUGUAAUCAGUGUUCGUCUUUGGUUGAAAGGAAGAGGAGAUGAAUACAAAAACUUUCUCGGGUUGGUAACAAGCAUUGAUUUGUCAAAUAACAAAUUAGUAGGAGAAAUACCCAGAGAAAUCACAGAUUUAAAUGGUCUGAUAUAUUUGAACUUGUCCCACAACCAACUUAUUGGUCACAUUCCACAAAACAUUGGUAAUAUGGGAUCAUUGUUGUCCAUUGAUUUUUCAAGGAAUGAACUGUCUGGUGAAAUCCCUCCAACUAUUUCAAAUUUGAGCUUUCUAAGCAUGCUAGACUUGUCUUAUAAUCAUUUGAAUGGAAAAAUUCCAACAGGAACUCAGUUGCAAACCUUUGAUGCCUCAAACUUUAUUGGCAACAAUCUGUGUGGCUCACCACUACCCAUCAAUUGCAGCUCCAAUGACAAAAGCUAUGAUCAGAAUGGUAAAGGGAGUGAUAAACAUGAAGUGAACUUAUUUUAUGUGGGUAUGACAUUUGGAUUUAUGAUUCGAACUAAGGACACCACAGCUCCUGGAGUUAGGAAAGAGCUGGAACCUGGGAAAAGGAAGGGUUCUCCUAGCUCGAAGGCAGACCAGCUUGGUGCCCUAGCAGAGUUCCUUCUGAUUUCUUAG